GGUUGUAGAGGUAGAGUUCAUCAAAUUUACCUUAUACUGUGGACUACAAUGAAUACUCCAAUUCGUAGUUUUGCACCCAUCUGCAAUAUCGGUUUUAACAGCCAGCACAAUCUUGUAUAAAAAGAAGUUAUUGAAAAAUACAGUUAAAGAAUAAGUUCGGUUAGAGUUUGUAGGGGUUGUAUCUUAACAGUCGCAUGGCUUCUGUGCGGGGUAACGUCCGUAUCGUCUGUUUGGCCAGAAAGUCGUGCUAACAUACGAAAUAAGAUGACAUGAACAGUUCUCCGCGGGGUGUGUUUCAUGAAGAAUGAAUUACUCAACACAUCUUGGCACGCCUGGCAUUACGUUCCAUCGGCGGAUUAGCCCGAGGAAAACAGGGGACCAUAAGCCAAACUUCAGUGAGGAGGCAUCUCCACACAAGCAGCUGAAAGGGGAUGGGGAAAUUUUAUAUGACACUAAAGAACCUGUCACCACCGCUACAGUGAACGAGGAGGAAUUUAGUAAUGCGAUUAGGGCGAACAUCGAAUCUUCAACAAAUGGAGACCUGAGACGAUUGUUUGAACAGCUAAACAUUGACGUCAUGGCAGAAUGCGGAACUGACUUAUUCCCAUCGUUCCGACACGGUUGUGCAGCUAUACAGGGUAUUUUGACUCGAGGAAAAAGCAUUUUUUACGAACCAGUUUUUAAUGAAACUGAGAGCGAAAUGCUUAAUCAAGAGCGCAUUCAGCUUUACUCAACGUCUUCUUUAAUUGACGAGACCAAGUCAUUUAACCAACAACUCGAGAAACUAAUUGAGUUUAUUUUGAAAAAGCGUACUAUAUCCUUUCCUGCAGUAGUAAUUGUGAGUGAAGGACAUCGGAACAAGAUUGAACAAUGGAUAAGCAGCCUAGAUGACGAUGUCUCUGGUAUUUGCGUCCUUUUAGUUAGCAAGGAGCAAGAUACAACAUACAUUGCCCCAAGAUUAUCCGUGUUCCAAAGCACGACGACGAUAUCAGACAUCAAGGUAGCUGCAGAUGAUCUUCUGGAACGUGCCAUAUUUGCAGUUUUAAAGAGCAUUGUGGGAAACUGCGUUAACAAAUUUGGACAACCUACGCAUACGUUAAAUAUUGAAAACGAAAACACCUUGCAGAGUAUUUAUGCAUAUGCAGGGUCGGCAUACAAAAGAAGUGAAGUACCACUACCUGAAAGACUUACUCUACCAGAGAUUACGUACAACUAUCCAAAAACUAUUAUCGACGUUUGUAGAAAUAUGAUUAUACGUAUACAGCAAAGCGCUUCAACAUUCGUUGCUGCCACUAACGCGCAACCGAGGGACUUUUAUACUGACAUGAAUAUAUCAUACGAGGAUUACUAUAUCGUCGAUCAAAACGUGGCAUUUUGGAAGGUGCCGCAACUGGUAUUGUUGGUGACUCUAUUUGUCCUCAUUGUGGUCAGCAACACAUGCGUCCUUGUCGGGAUUGCGCUCUCUGAAAAACGUGCGAAAACCCGGAUGAACUUCUUUAUCAUGAACCUUGCUAUAGCAGAUAUGUCUGUGGGACUGCUGCACGUGACAGUGGAGAUUGCUGAGAAGUGUUUCAUCGUUUGGCAUGGCGGUCCCGCACUAUGUAAAAUAGUUCGCUUCUUUCAGGUAUGUGUGAUAUAUGCGUCCACGUUCAUGAUAGUUGCCCUUAGCAUAGAUCGUGUGGAUGCAAUUGCAAGGCCGAUGAAAUUUACACGCAAAGGUAUGUUUGUCUACAUAACAUUGAUUGCCAUGACUGCAUUUAUUAUCCCAGCAGCAAUCAUCAUCUCGUGCUACACGAUUAUCAUUUGCGUGAUCUGGGGGAAAGGCAGGGGUCUGAACAGGAGUCCGUCAUCCGAUAGUGACGACACCUUCGUGACUUCCUGGUCUCCCUACUUUGUGUUCAAUCUUGUUGACGUGUACAGGGAUAUAAACACAGUGACGUCACAUACACAAGUCGCUGUAACGGCCUUUAUUCAAAGUCUUGCUGCGCUAAAUUCGGUGUUAAAUCCAAUAAUAUACGGAAUAUUCGGAACACGAAUAUGCUUAUAUAUAAGGUGA